GUAAAGUGGGCGUAGCCACGGCUUCAGGGUGUUCUGCACAUGCGCAGUGGGCCUCAGUCUUUUCUGCGCUUCUCGUUGAACGACUAGCAUCAAACGAGUAUCAAAGAUGCAGCUCUUCCUGCGAACCCACAACACUCACACCCUUGAGGUUACCGGACAGGAGACUGUUGGAGACAUUAAGGCUCAGGUCCAAGCUCUGGAAGGUCUUCUGGUUGACAGUCAGGUUCUGCUGCUUGCAGGAUGCCCGCUGGACGAUGAUGCCACUCUGGCAUCCUGCGGGGUCUGGGAGCACUGCACCCUGGAAGUGGAGGGCAGGCUGAAGGGAGGUAAGGUUCACGGCUCUCUGGCCCGUGCUGGAAAAGUGAGGGGACAGACGCCAAAGGUGGACAAGCAGGAGAAGAAGAAAAAGAAGACCGGCCGCGCUAAGCGUCGCAUCCAGUACAACCGGCGCUUUGUGAAUGUUGUGCCUACUUUCGGCAAGAAGAAGGGCCCCAACGCCAACUCCUAAAUGCUAUGGUGACUAAGAGGAGAAAUGAUAUCCCGUCUGUUCUUACGGAGUUAAAUGUUAUCCUGCUGUACAGAAUAAAGAUUCAGCUUUGA